UUCUUUUUUUUUUUUCUUUCUUCCUAAUUUUUUGCAGCAGAGCCACGGAGUCAUCCGGACUGCAGAAAUCCGCUUUAGAAAGGACAGGGUUUCCACAUCUCACUGCGCGCUUUCCUACAGCUCCAGACCAACAAAAAGGGAAGCAUGUGUGGGUGUUAAGAGUCAUAUGCUCAGUUGACAUCACUGCCCCAGAACACGGCGCUGCUGUCUGCUCAACCUGUCGCUUGACCAGUGAGGCUGACCACACACCAUGUCUGCAGAGGUGGAAAACAGCGUGUCUGUAGCCGCUGACCCCAGCUCCCCAACUACAGCCUCCACCUCUAACACCCCACCCAGCUCCCCAGUGACAGCCACAUCCAAAAUUCCAUUCAAAAAAGAGAGGAAGAGAGUGCCUGAGAAGACAGAUGAGUACUUGCUGAGCAGGUUUCAAGGGGAUGGCAUAAGGUACAAGGCUAAGCUGAUUGGCAUUGACGAUGUUCCAGAGGCCCGUGGAGACAAGAUGUGCCAGGACUCUAUGAUGAAACUGAAGGGUAUGGCAGUAGCUGCUCGGUCCCAAGGAAAGCACAAACAGAGGAUCUGGGUCAACAUCUCCAUGUCGGGUAUAAAGAUAAUUGAUGAAAAAUCAGGGGUAAUUGAACAAGAGCAUCCGGUGACUAAGAUUUCCUUCAUUGCCAGAGAUGUCACUGAUAACAGGGCAUUUGGAUACGUAUGUGGAGCAGAAGGACAGCAUCAGUUCUUCGCCAUAAAAACUGCUCAACAGGCUGAGCCCUUGGUCAUCGAUCUGAAAGAUCUCUUCCAGGUCAUUUUCAACAUGAGAAAGAAAGAAGCAGAAUCCUCACAAAAGGGUGAAAAUGGCAAUGCAGUUGUACAGAAUGGAAAUGAUGCCUUUCUGACUAUGGACAAAGGAGGAAAAACUGCACAACCAGUGGAGCAGCUUGACCUUUUUGGAGACAUGUCGACCCCUCCAGACAUUCAGUCUCCAAAUGACUCUAAUGACAUUCUCUUGCUGGACUUUUCUGCUGAAGUUGACAGCAAUCAAAACUGCAUAAAGGGAAACUCCUUUUUAACGUCCUUUGGCCCUGACAGCGAAGCAUCUCCCAACACAGAGUAUCACACUUCCUCUACUUUUGGCUACUUCCCAGCUCCGGACAGUGACCCUUUCAGAGACGACCCCCUUUCUAAAUCGCCCACUAGUUCUGUACCAGAUAAUGCGACAGCAUACAGCACUGCUAGCAACACCAGUAACGCUAUUUUAAAGAUUGGGUUGGAUAGAGAUACUGAACAUCUUAGUCAGCAGAUGAAUGGGUUAUCCAGUAGGUCCAUGAUCUCUGCUCUGAAUAACGGACAGUGGCCACUAGGGGGCAAUAUAACUCAGUGCACCACAAUCUCCAUGAUGGAUGGGAAUGAAUGUGCACAGGCUCUUUUGACCCAAAACCCAUUUUUUGACUCCUCUUUGACAACCUCCCCUAUCUCUAAUGGCACCGUUCAUCGUCCAGAACCACCAGCGACUCAUAGCAAGGAUUCAGUUGUUAUAAGUCCGCCUCCACAGAGCUCUAAGUCUGGACGAGGUCGAAGGAGUGCAAAGUCUGCAUCAAGUGACCUGUUUGGAGCAGAGCUAUUUGGUGCUCCUUCUGAGGGUUCCUCUGCUCCAGCUGACUUUUUCAACAGUACACCUACAAACUCUGCCCCUUCUUCCAUUGCUGCUCUGGGAAAUCUGCAGUUGGGACCACCGGCUACGACGAAUGCUCCUGCCGUAGGCAUGUGGGGAGCCUCCUCUGUUGCACCUUCCAUGUUUCCUAUGCCAGGUGUGACCACUCCAGGGCCUAGGCCAAACUUUCCACAGCCACCUGCCUUUGGUCUUCCCAUGCCAGGCCAAGUGUGGGGCCCGCAGGUGCCACAGCAAUUUAGCCCACCGCCUCUCUCUCCACCCCAACUCUCUUGGGGUCCGCCCGCUGCACCCAAUCCUUUCCAGCCCGGUGCAUUCUCAGGAAUGGGUGACCCGCAAGGUCCAUCCCGCCCUCCUCCAAGGCCGCCCGCUAAGGAAGCCCCCCGAAAAGUAGAGAAUAGUGCCUUUACAGCUUUGGAUCCUCUCGGUGACAAAGAGAAGAAGUCUGGAAAGGACAUGUUCAAGGACUUCCAGCUUGCCAAACCCCCUGCCAUCCCAGCAAGGAAAGGGGAGGUCACCCUUGGCUCUGUUCCUGACCCCAGCAGCAAAGAGCCAGCAGCAUUUGAUCAGUACUUUUCCAGUAAAGUUGGCCUUGCUCAGGAUGUUGCAGAUCAUGACGACUUUGAUAUCGGUCAAAUUUCUUCCAUUGCUAAUAACGAUGGUCUCAAACCUGCCUCUGCUGCCCCACCUCCCAGCUUAAACCCUGACCUCCUUGAUGCUGCUUUCUCCUCUGCUCCAGUCAUGUCGGCACCAUCGGGGCUCGGCCUCAAUCAGGACAUGUUUGAUCAAGCAUUUGGGUCCCAAGAGUCCAGUCUGUUCGGAUCACCACCUGUACCUGUGAUUAGCAGGGAAAAACUCUCACACGAAACAACUUUGGGACAAGCUACUCCGUGCCAGACAAUCCAAAAGAUGGACUCUUCUUGCUCUUGUCCUGAACUUUCCUUUUUUUACACCUCUUCCUCUGAUGUUUCUAAUAGUGCCCCUGUUUCUGACGACCACUGAUCCAAGAAGUAAAUGUUAUGUCAUGAUCUGCUGAAGAAAGAAUCUUUCUGUGUGGGAAAAUGUUCAGGGGUUCACUGCUGAUGUUGUCUUUGUUAAAGAAAUAAAUCAGUACACUGCAA